AUGCCCGCUCCUGUAAUGUCUCGACUUGAGAACACGUCAGCCAUACUCGGCGAGUAUAUGUUGAAAGGAUGGACACUUACCGAUUUACAUUGCACGGAUUGUAGAGUGACUCCACUCAUGCGAGAACCUAGCGCUCAAGCUGAAAGAGAAGGUAGAGAUAGAAUCCAAUUUUGUGCUUCGUGUGACGGUAGACCUGAAGGCAGACCGUCCGCUUCCGCUUCCGCUUCCUCUUCCACUACCUCCACUAUAUCGCCACCUGCUAUCCCGGCUCGAAGCGUCCCAUCGUCUGAGACUACUACUUCGACUGAGAUCGACGAACACUCAAGUGAGAAAAGAGCAAGAUCGGAUCAAGCUGAUGAUGCAGCAUCAUCCAUUUCUUCCCUUCUCUUGAAAGGGUAUUCAUUGCUAGGUGAUAAUUGCCCAAACUCACAAUGUCGUGGAAUUCCUUUAGUCGGUUAUCCUAGAAAACCUGACGGAUCAAAAGAUGGUAGAAAGAUGUGCGUAUCAUGUAAUGCUAGAUGGAUAGAAGAAGGAUCAAUAGAGAAAGAAGGAAUGAAAGUUAUCAACGAAGCAAAAGAAAUGGAAAGUCCAAGAACUAAAGCCAGGAGAGAAUUAUAUGGUUUAGACAGUAAAGGGAAAUCAAAAGAAAAGGUCGUCGACCAGAAGGAGUUCGAAGAGAAAGCUCAAGAAAGUGCCGCGAAGUUGGAGAAAGGCAAAAAAGUGGAGGAAGAAGAUAUCGAUAUGGAAGAGGAGGAGGAAGAGGAAGAUGAAGAUGAGGAACAGGUAGCACAUACGAAAUCUGCGGCUAUUCCUACACAACCUGUUCGUCGUAAAACAUCACAACAAGCUCCAGCUCCAUCACCAACAUCUCCCUUAGGUCAAGCCCUCAGCUCUACAUCCGAUUCAUUAUCUUCCACUCUCCGAAACCUCUCUUCAUCACUCGAAAGAUACGCUUCCCAUCCACCUGCACAAAGAAGGAAUGGCGAAGAUAGUGGGAAAUGGUUUGUUGAUCUGAAAUUGCACACAGAGGCUAUCAAGGAUGUACUCGGAGUUAUAGGACAAGUUGAAAGAGCUAGAAGAACUGGAAACUAG